AUGGCCCCCGGGCAGGGCGGCAAGAGGAAGCGCAACGAGCGCUCGUGGUCUGGUGAUUCAGCGAACAACAACGACGGGUUGCGACCUUCUCCUCAUCGCCCCGGCACGCUCAACAUGGCUCAGCAUCCUGUCCAACAGGGAUAUCAAUCAAGCCCAUCACGAGAUCAUGAUAACCGCAACCGAGGACGUCGAUAUUCAGGCCGUGGCGGAGGCAGUCGAGGCGGGUUUCGUCGGGGCUCUUUUGAGGGGCAGAAUUUUUCAAAUCCGCAGCGCAGAGAACCCAGCGCAAUGUCUCCUCCACCACGCGCCCAGUCGAGAGAAGCCACAGAGACCUCACAAUCAAAUAGUGAACCUCCAGCAGCUCAACCGACACCUUCCCCGGCACCGAACACUCCGGCUUCGCAGCCGCAACAACAACCUCCAUCACAACCUGAAUUCGAGACCUCCGUCGCUCCUCCUGCCAUCCCUCCUCCUCCUUACAAUUACGAGUACGUGACGGACAGCGCCGUGGAAGAAUGGGCAGCCUCCGGACAAAAGCAAGUCGUGGAAGAAGGAGCGGCCGCUCGCCUGCAAUCUGAUUCCCACCGUCUGGCAGCGGUUUAUCAAGAACUCAUUCGCUCUGCGAUCUACGGUCGACUUCCGCCAUCGAAUGCAGGGACUGCCGUGAAAGAAAUCCUUGGUGAAGACACAGCGUCCGAAGAUAUGGAAACGGAAGGUGAAACAUGGAAAGCUUCAACUUCAGAGCUCGACCCACGUUCGUUGUUCCUCGAUACUCUCUCGAUUAUGACGGACGCCGAUACGUCCAACCCUGCUCUGAAACCACUCGUUUUUGCGACUGCCAUUCCGCCGGCACUUAUGCGUCUCCAGCUUGAUACCCCUCUUCUGCAGUCGUUGGGCCUGGUACGGGAAACGUUUGCACGGAUGGGAAUCCGCAAGCAGACAAACCUGCUCUACCGACAAUCGAACUAUAACUUGCUCCGAGAAGAGUCUGAAGGAUAUUCCAAACUUCUCACUGAACUUUUCACUACAAGUAACAAUGAACCUCCAUCAAGCGAAGUGGUCGAGGAUACCUUCGAGAGGGUGAAAGCGAUGAUCGGUGCAUUUGAUAUGGACGUUGGUCGCGUGCUGGACGUGACCCUGGAUGUCUUCGCGGCUGUGCUCGUGAAGCAGUACCGGUUCUUCGUGAAACUACUGCGAGCCAGCUCUUGGUGGCCCAAAGAAAACUUUCUCCGCUCCCUUGACGGGCCCCAGCUCAAUUCAGGACUACCUAGCUGGGCUCUUCCAGGGUCAAUUGGUUGGGUUACUACAGAGGAUGAGCAAGUCAGAAUCGCAGAAUCGAAUGAACAGCGUGAUCGUGAUUUCUGGGAUCGAGCACGUCAACUGGGAAUUCAGGCUUUCUUCGAGAUCGGGCGCAAGCCACUCUCUGAGAAAGAAAAGCAACAGGCACUCCCGGAAACCAACAACUUGUCCGAAGAAGAGGCAGCGACACGGAUCUGGAUUGAGGAGACUGGUACACUGCCACCAAAGGGUAAUCGCGUGGCCGCUCAACUCCUUGGUUUCAAGCUACGGUUCUAUUCUUCCUCCGCUCGUUCCAAGGCGGACUCCCUUCCCAACAACCUCAUCUUCCUGGCUGCAUUACUUAUCAAAGUUGGCUUCAUAUCUCUCCGAGAUCUAUAUGCUCAUUUAUGGAGGCCCGAUGAAACCAUGGACGUUCUUAAGGCCGAGAAAAUGGCGGAAAAGGCCGAAAGAGAGAAGGCUGCUAGACCCGGAGGUGGUAUAAAUGCCUUGAUGCUGGCAGGGGCUCUGUCCGACGAUACAAUUCCAGCUCCUCGGAUUCGUGAAACGGAGUCGCGAAUGGCUACACCAUCGAAAGACCAGGAGACCGACAAACAAUCCACUGCAAAAUCUGAAAAUGAGCUUCCUGACCCCUCCGAUCAAAAAGUGUUACUUCUAAAGAGUCUCUUAGCCAUUGGCGCUAUUCCAGAGUCAUUAUUCAUCAUAAGCCGUUUUCCCUGGCUGAUGGAUGGUUACCCUGACCUUACCGAGUUCAUCCAUCGCAUUCUGCAUCACUCUCUAAGCAAAGUCUAUUCAAAGUUACGGCCCCUGGCAUCUAUGGAGGGUCUGCCCGGCGAGAAACAAAUUUUGAGCGCUGACCAGGCGGGUGUAGCCAAGGGGCAACUCCGUCUUGUUCAGCCUCCCCCGAAGCGAGCUUUGCGAUGGGCACAACUGGACAAGGAAGACAUUGAUGAGGGAAUCGCAUACCGGUUCUAUUGGGACGACUGGGCAGAUAACAUUCCAGUCUGCCAGUCCGUUGAUGAUGUGUUCGCAUUAUGCUCAUCAUUCCUCAAUCUCUCGGGUCACAAAAUUGGCGAGGAUGCCUCUCUGCUCACGAAGCUUGCGCGCAUUGGUAAAGAUAGUCUGGCGAAUGACAGUUCAGAUGGGAAUAGGACUCGCUGGCGGGAUCUAUGCAAACGCCUCCUACUGCCAGCUGUCAGCUUGACCAAGGCGAACCCCGGCGUGGUGAACGAGGUAUUCGAUCUUAUCAGUUUCUUCCCUCGCGAGGUUCGUUACAACAUGUAUGCCGAAUGGUAUUCGGGCCAAACAUCGAGACUCCCAGAUAUCAAAUCAGCAUUUGAUCAGGCCCGAGCGGAGACUAAGGAUGUUCUCAAGCGCCUGAGCAAGACCAACAUUCGGCCCAUGGCUCGUUCUCUGGCAAAAAUUGCCUACGCCAACCCCGGAAUUGUUAUUCACGUUGCGAUUAGUCAAAUUGAAUCCUACGAGAACCUUAUUGAGGUUGUCGUGGAAUGUGCUCGCUAUUUCACCUACUUGGGCUACGACAUUCUAACCUGGUCUCUCAUCAAUUCUCUCGGCCAGAAAGGUAGAAGUCGCGUGCAGGAGGGUGGUUUGCUCACAAGUCGAUGGUUAAAUGCUCUGGCCACAUUUGCUGGCCGAACUUUCAAGCGAUACUCUGUUAUGGACCCGACGCCUCUUCUGCAGUAUGUCGUGGAACAGUUGCGGCGAAAUAACUCUACCGACCUCAUUGUGCUGGAGCAGAUGAUCAGCUCGAUGGCUGGGAUUAUUACCGACACCAACUUCAAUGAUGCCCAGAUCCAAGCUAUGGCUGGCGGCGAAGUUCUUCAGUCGCAAACUAUCCUCCAGCUUUUGGACAAGCGUCAUGAAUCGAAAACCACCUCCAAGCGACUGUUGAAGUCAUUGACUCACACACGACUUGCAGGUCAGCUACUGGUUGCAAUUGCCCAGGAACGGCUGACUUGUGUCUUCAACGAGUCGUCCUCGGAGCUCAAGCUUCUUGGCAAUAUUUUCGACGAAAUUCAUCGUAUUCUGACGCAGUACCUUGAUUUGCUGCGCAGCAACCUCACUACUGACGAGUUUGACUCUUUUGUUCCCGACUUCGUCUCUCUCAUUAAGGAUUUUGGUAUCCAACCAGAGAUUGCUUUCUGGAUCAGGCGCGCUAGUGUUUCUCGCAAGAUCGCCGAUGUGGACGAAUCGAGGCGGGCGGAAGAGGCAUCUUCGAAGGAAAAUGCUGAGAAUGCCGAAAAUACCACUCCUGUCUCUCAGCGGAAUGACGAGAACGUGAUGGACGUGGCAGACGACGAAGAGCUGCCUUCCAAAUCGGUAGACACCCCGGUCGAUGAUUCAAUGGAUGUCGACAAAGAAGACCAGCCCACAAUGGUUCCUUCAAUUCCCAGCAACAUUAGUCCAUUGGUCGCCAACCCUGUCAUGCAGGAUCUGAUUGAGAACGUAAAGUCUGCCUUGCCGGCCGAGACUUGGGAGGUUGUCGGUCCUCAUUUUUAUGCAGCUUUCUGGCAGUUGUCUCUCUAUGAUGUGCACAUCCCUGAAAAGUACUACGAAGAGGAGCGUGGACGGCUUCGAAAACGGGUCACUGCCAUUAACAGUGAUCGGUCCGACAUCAGCAUGGCUGGAACACAGCGGAAGGAACGUGAGAAGAAGCAGCUUGUUCAGCUCCAAGACCAACUUCUAGCGGAGCUGAAGAUUCACCUGGAUGCGUAUGGACACACUCGAACUCGACUGCAGAAAGAAAAGGACCAGUGGUUUGCCGGCAUGCGGCUUAAAAGUGAUGCUUUGAAUGUUGCUCUGCUGGAGCAGUGCUUCAUUCCGCGGCUGCUUCUCUCACCUAUCGAUGCUUUCUUCUGUUUCAAGAUGCUCAAAUUCCUGCACAGCGCCGGAACGCCUAACUUCCGUACUGUCGGUUUGAUCGACCAGCUCUUCCGCGAACAACGACUCACUGCACUGAUCUUCCUGUGCACCUCUAAGGAGGCAGAUAACCUUGGCCGAUUCUUGAAUGAAAUUCUGCGGGAUCUGACCAGAUGGCAUGGUGACAAGGCUGUCUAUGAGAAGGAGGCAUUUGGUGCCAAGAAGGACCUGCCUGGGUUUGCCAAGAACGUCGACCCUGAAGGAGUACCAGUCACCUUCUUGGAAUUUGAGGACUUCCGUCGCCUUCUUUACAAAUGGCACCGAUUGCUCUUCAGUGCACUCAAAAUUUGUUUCAAAGGUGGCGAGUACAUGCAUAUCCGGAAUGCCAUUAGUGUUCUCAAGGCAGUUGUGCAGCAUUUCCCUGCCGUCAACUGGAUUGGUACGCAGAUGCUGGAAUGUGUCAACGACCUUAGCAAUAAUGACGAAAGGGACGAUGUAAAGAUUCCUGCCGCGUCGUUGAUCGGCGAUCUCAACCGCCGGUCAAAGAAGUGGAUGCUCCCGCAAGAGUUCAACAUGGUCAAAAACAUGUCGGAGGGUGGUCAGUUCAAGUCAGGAUCCCAACCGCCUGUCGAUCAGACUGGCACUCCAAAGCCGCAAUCAUCGGACUCGUUGCCAUUGAAUGGUGCUGCCACAGAGUUCAAGCCGGGUGUUCAGAUUGCCAUGGGAAUCUCGAGAUCUGAAAAAGGCGAUGUUGAGGAUGGUGAAAUUGAAGAUGCUAAAAUGGCUGAUGUUGCGUCUGUGAAGGGAACAGAUGAGCCUAAAGUGGCAACCCCAUCCCAUACCGAGCCGACAGCAGGCACUGACGCGGCAACUUCUCCCGAUGCUAUGGAUAUCAGUACUGAUGGUGCAGACCAGCGCGCGCGACCAGGCUCUCGGGCCUCUGAUUCUGGUCGACAGCCCGAUAUUCCCAAGCGACCAGAUGCUGAGCGCUCUACGCCGGCUGUGAACCCGCGUGCACAAGCUCGUCUUCCUCGCCAUAGCAAUGACAACCGGCUUCCUCCGCGCCCCGAUAUCAUGGAUGAUCGACGUGAAAGACUUCCUGAAUUCAACCCGCGUAACCGUCAUGCAGGGUCCUUUGAUGGCCCUGUGAACGACCCUCGAGGCCAUGGACGUUUGAACGAGCGUGAUCGUGACUUCGCGAUGAGAUCCCUACCCGACGAUCCUAUGCGUGGGCCGCCCUAUAGAGAAGGACGCAUUCCUCGAGAUCCAGACUGGCAAGCCGAUCGACCUGGACGUAUGCGCCAUGAGCCCUUCCAUGGCCGGGACGGUCCUGUCCGUGGUGAGCUCAUGCCCGACUUCCCCGGUCGUCCAGGUGAUGGUCCUCGUCGUGGAGAACCUAUGCGACCGGACAAGGAGGAUCGCCGCCCCUAUGCUGGACGCGGUCUAUCACCACCAGUGUCCGAUUUGCCUACCCGUCCCGAACGUUUCCCUGAAGACCGACGGUCUGGCAGCUUCUCUCAGCCAGGUCCUCGCCAGGAUGAAUUUCCCAGAGGACCUCGUAUAGACCCGAGAGAGGGCCUGGGCCCGGAUUCCAGCCACGGUCGAUUACGCCAGGCUGAGCCUCCUUCCGAUAUUCCAUCUGGACCUCGAGGUCGGGGUCGACGCAAUCCCUCGUCACAGCAAGCAGCACAGAACUUCAGCAAUGGCAAAGCACCAACUCCCGACCGUCAGCUUGCAGCUAGCUCAGGCCGUCAGGGUGGCGGACGAGGUGGCCCUUCUCAGCCUCCUCCCUCAACACCUGGCUCUAGCGAGGAACGUCUUAAUGCCUCCGGGAUACAUCCUGAUCGAUUGAACCUUUUCAAUGAGUCAACACCUCAACAAGCAUCUGGGAUGGCUAUGACACCUCCCUCAGGGCCCCGCAGCGGGAUGGCCCAGCCAUCUGGACCUCGAGGACCCGGUGGAGAGCGCGGGCGUAGUGACAAACGGUUCGCUGGUAUUAACAAUAUGCUUCAGCAGACUAACGGUCCUCCCGAGCGCGGAAAUGCUGUUCCUCCUGUCCGUGGACGGGGCGUCAACCGACAGUCGACCGUGUCCAAUACCGACUCGCCCCAGGCUCCAAUCCGCGCUCCCACGGGUCCCGCUUCUGAGGAUGACGGUUCCUCUCGCAUGCGGCCUGAUGGCCGAGGUGACUUGAUGGACGACGUCGCUGCUGUUUCCACUCCCGACAAUCGUCGUCCAGGCCGAACCAACGACCGAGACAACCGAAACCGUGACCGAAAUCGAGAUCGUGACCGCGAGCGCGAUCGUCGUGGCGGGAAUCCCGAAGAGGAUGCCAACAGCACUGGCCCUCGCCGCGAGGACCGUCGUGACCGUGAGCGAAGCCGCCGCAGUGAUAUCGGCAGUGCCGGGCCUGGUCGCGAGGAAAAAGAGCGUGACCGACCAAGUCAUGGUGAGUCCCGCGAGGCUCUGCGCCGAAAUCCCAGCACCCGCGAAGAAAACCGACGCCGAGACCGACGAGAUCGGGAUGACGGACCGCCGGAGAUGGGAGGACCUGCCCCCAACACCAGCAAUACCAAUGAGAAUGAAGGCCGUCUCCGUCCUCCAACCUCCAUGGGAGCUCCACCUCCCCCGCCGCCACCUCCACCUCCUCCUAUACCUGGCGACGAGACGAAUAACACUACUCCUCGUCGUUGGGGCCCUGGCGGAGACCGUGGCCAUCGCCCCGACAACCGAGACCGAGAACGUGAGCGCCGAGGCGACCGCGGCCGUGAUCGCGAUCACCAUCGCGAGAGCACCGGCAGUACUGGCACUGGGCAUCGCAAACGCGGACGUCCUAAUCCCGAAGAGAAUCCCGGUGGUGAGGGUAACCCCCGUGGUCCCAGGCUGGGAAGUGAGAUCAAGCGUCCCCGGCGGGGCGCAUGA